AAAUCAAGUUAAGGCCACACUUCAGACUGCAACCCAAUCGAACUACCUUCAAUUCUCAGAAUUAAUAAGCCGCACAGUAAGUUAACAAAAUCCCAUCCAAUUUCAUCUUCUUCAACUUCGACAGUUGCAGAUUUGCAGAAAACAAUUUCUGGGCAAAACAAAGAUGGGAAGAACAGUAGUAGCUUUGAUUGUGAGUUUAUGGAUGAUCCCGGUUUCGAUUCUUGUUAAUAGAAUUGUCCCUCAUUCUUACAUGGACGAAAUAUUUCACAUUCCACAAGUUCAACAAUACUGUAAAGGCAAUUUCAGGAGCUGGGAUCCCAUGAUUACUACUCCUCCUGGCUUGUACUAUCUUUCACUAGCCCAUAUUGCUUCUUUGUUUCCAGGCAUGAUUUGGGUGCAGCGGAUAUCAUCCUUUUCAGAUCUAUGUUCUACUGCAAUUCUUCGCUCUGUCAAUGGUGCAUUAGCUAUUGUAUGCAGCAUUCUUAUAUAUGAGAUCAUCACACAGUUAAAACCGGCACUUGACAGAAGAAAAGCAGCACUUAACACUGUAGUUCUUUCAUUAUACCCUCUUCAUUGGUUCUUCACUUAUCUAUAUUACACUGAUGUGGCAUCUCUGACCGUGUUCCUUGCUAUGUACCUGACAUCCCUGAAGAAGAACUAUUUUUUGAGUGCUUUGAUGGGGGCAUUGGCUGUAUGCAUUCGACAAACCAAUAUCAUAUGGAUGCUUUUUGUUGCAUGUGAUGGUGUAAUUGAUAUGCUGUUGGUCAAUAGACAAAGUGUAGGUAUUCAGAAAUCUGAUAUAUCUAUUGCUGAAAAGAACCGGAUAUCUCCUAAAGAUAAUUUUUCAGCAAAACCAGGAGUAAGACGGCGAAAGAUGAAGGGCACGCAAGAUGUUCCCUUCCCUACAGUUACGGGUGGCAAUGAGGCUACUCUUUCAGGAUCUCAUCUUUCAGGAUUGUUUGAUGAGUUCCAAUACAUUAUUAUACAAGCAUGGCAUUUAAAAUGGGAGCUCAUGGUCUCUUUUACCCCCUUUAUCUUGGUGCUGGGAGCCUUUGUUUCUUUUGUUUACUGGAAUGGAAGUGUUGUUCUCGGUGCUAAGGAAGCCCAUGCUGUAUCCCCUCAUUUUGCUCAAACUAUGUAUUUUGCUAUGGUUUCUGCAUUAUUUAGUGCUCCGUUCCAUUUCACUCUGGGCCAUGCUACUGCUCUGCUGCGAUCAUUUUUCAAGAUUAGGCCACUUAGUUUUUUCCUGGGAUUUGUCAUCCUCACUGCUGGUGUACUUUCUGUGCACUUCUUCAGUAUAGCUCACCCCUAUCUUCUGGCAGACAAUCGACACUAUCCAUUUUACAUUUGGCGCAAGGUUAUCAACGCUCAUCAGUUGAUGAAAUACUUCCUAGUCCCAUUUUAUGUUUAUUCAUGGCUAUCAAUCUUGCACAUACUAGGAAAGGCUCGGAGCAGAAUCUGGGUGUUGGCCUAUUUCUUGGCUUGUGCUGCAGUUCUUGUGCCCACCCCACUGGUCGAGUUUAGAUAUUACACAAUUCCGUUCUUCAUUUUUAUGCUUAAUUCUGGGAUUGAAGAGAUUAGUAAGUGGCUUCUGAUAGCGAUUCUAUACGUAGUUGUUAACAGCUUCACCAUGUACAUGUUUUUGUUUCGAUCAUUCGAGUGGAGCCACGAAUCUGGUGUUCAAAGGUUUAUAUGGUAGGGGUUAUCGAUUUAUCGUUACCUUACUUUCCGCGAAUUUCAGAAGUAGCAUUGUACUAUAAUUUUAUUAUGUUCAUGGAAAAACGGUGGAGUAAAUUUCUGCUUGUUAAGUUUGA